CAACACAACGAACAUAAUAAUCAUACGCAUUUUCCGUACGUGUCGACAAACUGUAUAUUUAGUGCGUGAUGGAAAUUAAUUAAAUUUCAGCUCAACCGAAUUCUUUUGCCCGCCAUUCAAAAAGCCACCUUGUUUAUGAUCGUCAAUGGAGGAAAAACACCUUAAAACAGCACAUAUGAAAUUUUCGACAAUCGUGAAAGAGAGAAAAAGAGAGAAAGAGAGCGAGAGAGAGAGAGAGUGGAAAAGCUGGAUGAUAAGAAAAAUCAAUAGAGCCAUGGGACGCAUGUGCACGAUAAAUCAGAAAGGAAAACCCACACACAAUUUCUUUUACUCCUCAGUGGACAUAUGUUUCCAUCAACUAUUUUCACAUUAAUAAAAGUGACGAGUGAAAACAACAAGUUGUUGUGUGUAUUUUUGAUACUUUCCACCCAUCAGCGCCACUCAUUUGCCAUUGAGCGACCCUCAGAUUCACCCCGCAACACAUCCUCAACACCAUCCAGUUCGCUCCGCGUCAGCUGAAAUCCGCCAAGGAGAGAGAAGUCAGCAGCAGCAGCAGAAAGUGUGUGUGAUUGCCACCCAGAUUUGCACAAUCUUGUGGGGCAAAAAGAAGUGAAGUCCUUGUGAAAAAUCUCCCCCCCAACGAUAUAUAAGUUGAGGCGAUUGUGAGCAGUGUGAAGUGAGACAAUCGCCAGGGGGCUCGUAAAGACGACAAGUGUGGGGUGAAACGGUGCAAAGGGUGGAUCAUGAAGGGUUACGUCCCGCCCGACAAAUUGGUGGUGCGAGAUAGUCUUGAUGAUGAAAUUAGUGACGAUGUGGAGGACGAUGUCUUCAUACGUGACGGCAGAUCGCACGCCAUGUGCGAGGAGAGAGGCCUCAAGAGACCCCUUAUGGCGCCCCGGCGCAAAAACGGGCCGCGCUACAGGAAAUCACUGGCAUUCAUGAAGAAGAGACAUCGCUUCUGGUCGUGCUGUGAGCCUUUUUGCUACGGAUUAGCCGCCAUCACCAUUAUCAUAGCUUUAAUAUUUCUAGGCGCGCUGCUGCUCACCCUCUUCCCGGCGCCACUGCAGAAGAUCAAGGGUUGGCUCCACAAGAACCCCAGUCCCGUGGGCCAGCCGCCGCCCGCCGCCACGCCGGCAGACGUCCUCGAGCGCGUGCCCUGCUCGCAGCUCUCCGUCAAUCUGGCCUGGAAGCGCGUCAUAUCACGUGUCACGAGCGAGAGUCCCGUGCGGAGUGCAGAUGUAAAUGCCGAUGGCGUGCCUGACAUCAUCAUCGGCUACUCCAUCGAGGAGGAUCCCUACGACGGCUUCACAGAGACCACGUCCAGGUGCUUCAAUCCGCACACGGGCAAGACUGGUCCCUGCGAGGGCGGCGUGAUGGCGCUCAACGGCACCAACGGUGAGAUUCUCUGGCAGCACUGGACGGCCUUCAACGUCUUCUCGCUGAGUUGCCCCGUGGACUUGAAUGGCGAUCAUCGGGAAGACUGCGUGGUGGCGGGCAAGGGUGGCCUGAUGAUUGCCAUCAACGGCGACACGGGCAAGCUGAUCUGGCGCCUGGCGGACAAAGUGCCCAUGCCAGGAUCGCAGUCCGCGGACUCCGCCGAGUGGAGCAUCGACAUCUACACCGUGAAUGUGGUGCGCGAUCUCGACGGCGACGACAUCUCAGACGUCGUGGCCGUUCACGUGCAGGAGAACUCUGCGUUCCGCUUCGGGCACAUUUGCGUGAUCUCCGGCGCCAGCGGACGAAUGCUGCGCAGCAUUCCCACACCCUUCCGCGAGGAGGUCUUCGUGCCACUGCAGAUCAUCACGGAUGCCGACGGCACGGAGUGGCUGCUCGUCAUCACGGGCGCCCAGAGCACACCUGGCGGCAUCUACGUCAUCCGCCUCAUCAGCCUCAUGCAGUACAAGAGCGAGAAGGACUUCACCACGCUGUACCGCAAUGUGGCGUCGGGAUUCAUGGUUCCGGCCAUUCUCACGGACAUCACGGGUGACGGUGUGGAGGACAUCGUCGUGACGUCCUUCAACUCCACCGUGCACGCCUUCGACGGCCACACAUUCCGCCAGCUGUGGAACUACGCCUUUCCCACGUCCGAGACGAUCCACUCCAUCAUUCCCGGCCACUUCGACCACGACAACGUCACGGACUUCAUGGUGAAGGUGAACACAGGACCGGGCUUUCCCGUCUACUACUACUCCCAGACGAUGAUCCUGAGCGGACAGAACGGCACGACUCUCUUGGACGCCGCCAUCACGGACGCCGGCGGCCCAAACAGCCCUCUUGGCGGCCUAUCCAUCUCGCAAACCUUCGGCGGUGACUUCUUCCUGCACUGGCAAACGCUCUGCCGCGGCGAAUCCAGCGCCAGGGACGCUUACCAGUUCAUCACGGACAGCGAAGUUGUGGAGCAAUCGCGCGCUGACACUUGCCGGCUGCGCUACAACGCCGCCACAGUGGUCAAGCUCUACGCCAUUGCGCGCAAUAUCGAACCGCCGGGCGCCACAAUUCUCUCCUCAGACGAUCUCAACCUCCAGCUCUCGGCCAUCAAUCACACACACACGAAAUCACCCCACAAAGUCCUGCCGCCCUUCAAGCACCCCAAGAUGUACAUGCGGAAGUUCAUGAGCAGAGACAAGAGCAGCACAGAUUGGACGACGCCGCCGAACACCGUCGAGCAGAAGCGCGUGGACGAGGCGGAGAAGAAGCUGGGCGACUUCAGGGAGUGGUCACGCUUCCAGGCCAAUCGCCAGGAGGAGAUCAGCAAUCGCGAGCCUUACAUCUACUUGCCGUACAAUCAGGAGGCGCGCCAGUAUCCUGCCCAGCCGCCAACGCCGCCCAAGGAGCCCGUCAUCAUUCCGGCCGAGCCCAAGAACUCCGACGAUUACGACAUCUUCUACAACGACGAACUCCUCAAGCGCUAUCCGCUGCGCAGUCAGCUGCCCACGAAUCGCGAUGUCCGCAGCAAGGAUGAGGACAUCAUGGACCUGGAAAGUAUUCUGAGCUCUGAGGAAGUCAACGACACGCUCGGUGAUGAGGCGCAGACUGUGAAGAAGGUCCUGACGGACGCCGCGCUGAAGCCCAUCCUGAAGGGUCAUCCGGAAACGCUGUGGGAUCUAGAGAUGGAGAAGGAAGCCUCGGAGGCUAUCAAGGAGGGUGGCACUUAUGACUAUCCCUAUCGGCAGGUGAAGACGCGUCGAGAGACCACGAAAGACAUCGAGCAGAACUUCAUUCCUCACGUGGCGUCAACGGGAGUUUUGCUGCCGUCGCUGGACAAGAGCACGCCGACAACCAUCGACUUCGCCUUCGUCCUCAAUGUCAGGGAGUCAGAGACCUAUCCGCCACUCUUCCUGCCCGAAGAUCUGGCGUGCAUCGAGGACAAAGUGAGAGUCUUUGGAGACAUGGAGGACAAGGAGGUUCUGCUGCAGUGCCUCCAGGAGCGGAUUCCCACCCUCGAGACCUUGACACCGCCGCGGCCAAAGUACGAGAUGCAAAUCGUCGUGGCGAGAAUAUCCAUUUCUUGUGGCUGCGGAAAGCUCAGCAAAGGCGAAAUUUGCUCCCAAUUCAACACAAUUGACAAUCAACGAUGGACAGAAUUCAUGGGAAACCUCGGCAAUGGCCUUUACGUCUAAAUCUCCUGACGCGUUGUCCACGAGCGGAAAAUAUCACAAGAGGAAAACAGAGAUCAAACUUAUUUCCUAAAUAUUCUGGAAAAGGUGCUUAAAUCGUCUAAAAUAUCAUUUCUCUCAUCAUUUGAAGAAAAAAAACAGCCUUGAAAUUGUCAUGCAUUCCUUUGAAUAAUCAUCAUGCAGAUCAUGAGAUUCUUGUGCCAAACGCCGCAGUGUCUCUAAGACAUUUUUGAUUGCUGCACAUCUUUCUGUUUACCUUCCACGCAUCAAUUUCAGACACAUUCAAUCACACACACGCCAAAAAUAAACCCGGAAUUCUGUGGUGAAAAUGACAAGAACAGCCAUUUAACUGUGUGUGUGUGGAAAAGAAUCAUAUGAAAAUCAUGUACAAAACUUCUGCAAGAGUGCGGAAGAACACAAGAGAGAGAAAAUUCUUGCUAAAUUAUUCAUCAAACAUCAUCAAGACCAUUGAAAAGAUAAAACAAGAAUAUCAGAAAAGGUGGAAUGGCAUCAUUCUCUUCCUUUAGGCACGCCGGAACUCGCCAAGAGACAUCCUCUUUCCCAUCAAAUGCCAUUCCAAGAGAGAGUCUUUAAAGUAAAUAAAUAAAUAGGCAACAAUGGAGUGAAAAGGAAAAAAAUAAACUCCACAGAGAGAAAAUAGAGGCAAAAGAAAUUAUGAAGGAAGAAAAAUCUAACUAAGAAUAAUGUAAAUAUACUGAAUUAUAUAAAAAAGAAGAAUUACAGUAUAUAAUUCCAUACAA